GAGGAGGAGCGGGCACGGAUGUGUCUGUGUGAGCACCGGGGAGGGGCGCGGGCGGGGAGGGAGUGCGCGCGUGGCUGGGGCGCCCCGGCUCCCCCAGCCGCCCCGGACCCUGGCCUCCUCGCCGCCCGCGUCGCCCCUUGGACCCGCUCCCAGGGAGGGGACCCGCUGGGAGCGGCCUACAAGCAGCGAGAAAGCAAAAGUGUUCCCCCUAGAAAAGAGCUGAAGUAAUGAGAAGACACCAUGGAGGCCCAGUCCCAUAGCUCCACGAGCACUGAGAAGAAGAAAGUGGAGAAUUCCAUUGUGAAAUGCGCCUCCCGAACAGAUGUCAGCGAGAAAGCAGUGGCCUCCAGCACUACUUCCAAUGAGGAUGAAAGUCCUGGACAGAUCUAUCACCGAGAGAGAAGAAACGCAAUCACAAUGCAGCCACAGAGUGUGCAGGGGCUCAGCAAAAUCAGCGAGGAGCCUUCGACGUCCAGCGACGAGAGGGCCUCUCUGAUCAAGAAGGAGGUCCAUGGGUCCCUUCCACAUCUGGCCGAGCCCUCAGUUCCUUACCGCGGGACCGUGUUUGCCAUGGACCCCAGGAACGGUUACAUGGAGCCUCACUACCACCCUCCUCAUCUAUUUCCUGCCUUCCAUCCUCCUGUCCCAAUUGAUGCCAGACAUCACGAAGGCCGUUACCAUUACGACCCAUCUCCUAUUCCUCCACUGCAUGUGCCUUCUGCCUUAUCUAGUAGCCCAACAUAUUCAGACCUGCCCUUCAUUCGAAUCUCCCCACACCGGAACCCCGCCGCAGCGUCUGAGUCUCCGUUCAGCCCACCGCACCCCUAUAUCAACCCCUACAUGGACUACAUCCGCUCCCUGCACAGCAGCCCGCCCCUUUCCAUGAUCUCAGCAGCCCGGGGGCUGAGCCCUGCAGACGCCCCCCACGCUGGAGUCAGUCCCGCGGAGUACUAUCACCAGAUGGCCCUGCUGGCCGGACAGCGCAGCCCCUACGCCGACAUCCUUCCUUCUGCCGCCACCAGCGCGGGGGCCAUCCACAUGGAAUACCUUCACGCCAUGGACAGCACCAGAUUCCCCAGCCCCAGGCUGUCAGCCAGGCCGAGCCGGAAACGUACACUGUCCAUAUCACCGCUGUCUGAUCAUAGCUUUGACCUUCAGACCAUGAUAAGGACUUCUCCCAACUCCUUGGUCACAAUUCUCAAUAAUUCCCGUAGCAGCUCUUCAGCGAGUGGCUCCUAUGGUCACUUAUCUGCAAGUGCAAUCAGCCCCGCCUUAAGCUUCACCUACCCAUCUGCACCUGUCUCUCUCCAUAUGCAUCAACAGAUCUUAAGCCGACAGCAAAGCUUAGGCUCGGCCUUUGGACACAGCCCUCCGCUCAUCCACCCGGCCCCAACUUUUCCAACACAGAGGCCAAUUCCAGGGAUCCCCACGGUUCUGAAUCCUGUCCAAGUCAGCUCUGGCCCUUCUGAGUCCUCACAGCAGAACAAACCCACAAGUGAGUCUGCAGUGAGCAGCACGGGCGACCCGAUGCACAACAAGCGGUCCAAGAUCAAGCCCGACGAAGACCUCCCCAGCCCAGGGGCACGGGGACAGCAGGAGCAGCCAGAAGGAACAACCCUGGUGAAGGAGGAAGGAGACAAAGAUGAAAGCAAACAGGAGCCUGAAGUCAUCUACGAGACAAACUGCCACUGGGAGGGCUGCACGAGGGAGUUCGACACCCAGGACCAGCUUGUGCACCAUAUCAAUAAUGACCAUAUCCAUGGUGAGAAGAAAGAGUUUGUGUGCCGGUGGCUCGAUUGCUCCAGGGAGCAGAAACCCUUCAAAGCCCAGUACAUGUUGGUGGUGCAUAUGAGGAGACAUACUGGCGAGAAGCCUCACAAAUGCACUUUUGAAGGUUGCACAAAAGCCUACUCGAGACUAGAAAACUUGAAAACACACUUGAGAUCUCACACUGGAGAGAAACCGUAUGUCUGUGAGCACGAAGGUUGCAACAAGGCAUUCUCAAAUGCCUCAGAUCGCGCCAAGCACCAAAACAGAACACAUUCCAACGAGAAACCGUAUGUGUGCAAAAUUCCAGGCUGCACAAAGCGCUACACGGACCCCAGCUCCCUCCGGAAGCAUGUGAAGACUGUGCACGGCCCCGAGGCGCAUGUCACCAAGAAGCAGCGAGGGGACAUGCACCCGCGGCCCCCACCCCCCAGAGAUUCUGGCAGCCAUUCCCAGUCCAGGUCCCCUGGCCGGCCGACUCAGGGAGCCCUUGGGGAGCAGAAAGACCUCAGCACCACUACCUCAAAGCGGGAAGAAUGCCUCCAGGUGAAGACCGUCAAGGCCGAGAAGCCCAUGACAUCUCAGCCAAGCCCUGGUGGUCAGUCUUCAUGCAGCAGCCAACAGUCCCCCAUCAGCAGCUAUUCCAACAGUGGGCUCGAGCUUCCUCUGACCGACGGAGGUGGUGUUGCAGACCUCAGUGCCAUCGAUGAAACCCCGAUCAUGGACUCGACCAUUUCCACUGCCACCACAGCCCUUGCUUUGCAAGCCAGGAGGAAUCCAGCAGGGACCAAAUGGAUGGAGCACGUCAAACUAGAAAGGCUGAAACAAGUGAAUGGAAUGCUUCCGCGACUGAACCCCAUUCUACCCCCCAAAGCCCCUGCGGUCUCUCCUCUCAUAGGAAAUGGCACACAGUCCAGUAACAACUGCAGUUCGGGUGGGCCCGUGACUCUUCUCCCAAACAGAGGUGACUUCUCCGGGGUGGACCUCACCAUGCUGAACACGCUCACCCGGAGGGACAGCAACACCAGCACCAUCAGCUCUGCCUACCUGAGCAGCCGCCGCUCCUCGGGCAUCUCCCCGUGCUUCUCCAGUCGCAGGUCCAGUGAGGCAUCGCAGGCCGAGGGCCGGCCCCAGAAUGUGAGUGUGGCUGACUCCUACGACCCCAUCUCCACCGACGCCUCCCGCAGGUCCAGCGAGGCCAGCCAGAGUGACGGGCUGCCCAGCCUGCUCAGCCUUACACCUGCCCAGCAGUACCGCCUCAAGGUGAAGUAUGCCGCGGCCACCGGAGGGCCACCGCCCACGCCACUGCCACACAUGGAGAGGCUGAGCCUAAAGACCAGGAUGGCCCUGCUUGGGGACAGCCGGGAGUCCGGGGUGACUUUGCCUCCCGUGCACCCUCCUCGGAGAUGCAGUGAUGGGGGAGCCCAUAGUUAUGGCCGGCGCCACUUGCUCCCACAUGACGCCCUGGGGAACAGUGUAAGGAGGGCCAGUGACCCAGUGAGGAUGGCCUCAGAGAGCCUGCCACCACCCAGGGUCCCGCGCUUCAGCAGCCUCAACAGCUUCAGUCCUCCAUCUUCCGAAAAGCGGAACCUGGUGCUGCAGAACUACACUCGGCCUGAGGGCAGCCAGCCCCGUCCCUUCCACAUGUCCCCCUGUCCUCCCAGCAUCACGGAGAACAUCACCCUGGAGUCCCUGACCAUGGACGCUGAUGCCAACUUGAACGAUGAGGAUUUCUUGCCUGAUGACGUGGUGCAGUAUUUAAAUUCCCAGAACCAAGCAGGAUAUGGGCAGCACUUACAGAGUGCCAUCUCAGAGGACAGCAAAGGACCCCACGGGCCAGGUGACUUUGACCCAUCUGGGCUGCCAGACAGCCACGCUGGCCAACAGUUCCAUUCCUUGGAGCAGCCGGGCACGGAGGGCAGCAAAAGCGACCUGCCCAUUCAGUGGAACGAAGUGAGCUCGGGAAGUGCAGACCUGCCUUCCUCCAAGCUGAAAUGCAGCCAGCGCUCCGCAGUGCAGCAGGCUCGGGCUUUUGGGCUGUACAGCAGCACGGUGGUCCCGCCGCAGAACUCGUGGAGAGCUGGCCCGGGCCCAGCUGGGGGAUAUCAGGGCCUUGGAGAAAACGGCAGUGCCUACAGUAGUGGCCCAGAGCACCUGGUCCCUGCUGGCCCCAGUGCCAGCCCCAGUGGAAACGCCUUCUACGCACACCCCUAUAAGGCGCAGCAGUAUGUGAACUGUCUGGCCAGGCAACCAGUGGCUCCUGGGGCACUAGACAGUACCUGCAGCGCUGGGGUUCAAGGGUCCAAGCUGAAGAGUGCCACCAUGCAAGGGAAUGGGGGUCCCUUGGAUUUUGGCAUGCCCGUGGCACCAAACGAGUCAGCUGGCAUCACAGUGAAUGGCAUGCAGACCCCAGACCCGCUGGGACAGGGCUGCCUCCCUCACCAGCUCCUUGGGGACAGCGGGCAGCAGCACCAGGGGGCAGGCCGCACCGGGCAGCAGGUGCUCGGGCAGGUCAGUGCUACCUCACACAUCAGCUCCUACCAAGGGCCAGAGGGCUGCCUGCCCGGGACCCACGGCGUCAGCUGCCAGCUGUCCAGCCUGGCGGGGGUCAGGGGUUACCAGCCCUGUGCCAGCUAUGGGGGCAUCCGGCGCCAGGCUGUGCCAAGGGCCAGCCUCACACUGCAGCAAGGACAGCUCAGUGACGCAAGUCAGACCUGCAGGGUGAACGGCAUCAAGACAGAGAUGCCCGGGCAGCCCGCACAGCUCUGUGCCAAUGUGCAGAAUUACUCUGGUCAGUUCUAUGACCAAACCUUGGGCUUCAGUCCACAAGACACGAAAGCUGGCUCGUUCUCCAUGUCCGGUGCCAGCUGCCUGCUACAGGGGGCCGGUGCCGAAAACUCUGAGUUACUAUCCCCAGGUGCUAACCAGGUGACAAGUACCGUCGACAGCCUUGACAGCCAUGACCUUGAAGGGGUGCAGAUUGAUUUCGAUGCCAUCAUAGACGAUGGGGACCACGCCAGCCUGAUGUCAGGGGCCCUGAGCCCAAGUAUCAUUCAGAACCUUUCCCAUAGCUCCUCCCGCCUCACCACACCACGAGCCUCCCUCCCUUUCCCAGCCCUUUCUGUGAGCACCACCAACAUGGCGAUUGGGGACAUGAGCUCUUUGCUGACCUCCCUUGCAGAAGAAAGCAAAUUCCUUGCAGUCAUACAAUAGGCAUUAGGCGAGAAGGACUGCGAACAGAUGUAAAACCUUAGGAGUUGAACGACUGAACUGACUCCGUUUUGGCUGGAUGGGUUGGUUGUUUUGUUUUGUUUUUUGCUUUUUUUUUUUAGUUCUGUAUGUAUUUUAGCAAUCUCAUCUCACCUAACUGGGAUGUGUUUCAAGUAUAUUCCUUUUAUGGAAAAGGACUCUGAAAACCCCUAAGGUAUUCUAGGGAGAAACUGUCUUCCAUUUCAGUUUUGAAUCAGUAUUGUUACACUAAAACCACCCUCUUCUCUUUUUUUUAACUGUAAGCCCACCUUUUUUUUUCUUUUAGUAAACCUAUGUAAAUGUGUGAUGUGCAGGUUCUUUCUUUGAGAAGAGAGGUCAAACUUGAAAGGGUUGGACACGUUUCUCUAAUAUUCCAAGGAAGUAGGAGUUGGUGUGCUUUUGACCACAAGGUUACAUGUUCAGACUUUUUGUAAUUUUCCUUUACAUAUGUUCAGUGUUUUGUGUGCUUGUGUGUGUGUGUGUGUGGUGUGUGUGUGUAAUUCCCACAUUGGGCACAAGAAUCAGAAUAUGGAGAGUGAGUUUGAUAAUCGUUUCAGGGUGCAUGACAGAUUUGUAUAUGCUCCCAACUCUAAUGUAAUUCAGGGUAUACUCUCCCCAGAGGCACAGAAGUGGACAGCUGGGGCUCUUGCAAAUGAAAUCCUUAGCUCCCUCUUUGUGUUUCCAAUUCUUCAUGUCCGUAAAUGUGCUUUGAGUGGGCUCGUCUAUGUGGUCAGUUCUCAGUUAUCUCUUUUCCUUCACGCUGUACCUUGAUGAAUAUUCUGUGCUGCUGAGCAUUGUGGUGAGAGGGAAACAGGCAGUUGGUGACACUCAGGCACAUUGCUGCUUUUAUCUGUUCUACUAAGAAGUUUGAUAGGUGGUGGAUUGAAGCAAUUGGGUAGAAUUAGUUUGGGGAAUAUUUGAGGGUUAGCUGUAUUGAUUUGUUUCAUCUCUUUCCCACUGUCAUAGGUAACUGAGAAUUGGCUAUCUAUAGUUCUAUGUAUAUAGGUAUUUAAACAACCCCACAAUUGGCUAUACGUUAACAGUGAUUAAUUCCACUGUAGUGAAGGAGUCUGUCUAUUCUAAGUGCCCUAUUUUAAGGGAUUUUUAAAACUUAAUUGUAAAAGAAAAAGCUCCCAUAUUGAGAAUAAAUUGGCUCAACCAGUUUUAGCAUUUGAGAGCAGGCAGGCAGGCAGGAUGGAAGGAAGGAAGGCAGGAAGGCAGGAAGGCAGGCAGGCAGACAGGCAGACAGGCAGGCAGGCAUUUAGUAGCUGUGUGGGUACCAUUGUUCACAUUCUAUCCACUGAGCACUGCAUUCGUUUAGAAGUUCAAUGUUAUACACAGUCCUUCGUUUGGACUGGUAUCUGUGCUUCUGUUUUGGGUUAAAACGUUUAAAGAUUUAAGACGUAUAUCUACUUCCCAUGUGCAUUUGAAACACAUAAAAGCCAUACUAUGCGUGCACAAAAAGCACAUGGAUUUUCCAGCACAUUACUUUAAAAAUGUGUAUACUAUUAAAGUAUUAAUACUUCAACUGCCUGCAGUAUUCUGUUCCUGUCAGUCCUUGGAGUUGGAUUUACCCAAAGUGAUUCAUGAUCCAAUUGUUUGGCUUUUCCCCCAUUAAUUCUUGCCAUUGAAAUUACCAGUAGACGAAAUUCAAGUAAAAGAAAGUGUUAUACAAAGAUUCCUAGCAGCAGCCCAUUUUGCACAUGUUUACUUUCUCCAAUUUGAGCCAAGAAUCAUGGCAUGGAGAUAAAAUUGCCACACAGGGCCCUGUGGCUAAGACUGUAAGAAUCACUGUCAACUCUGUGCUCCUGGCUCCAGCAGUUAUGCUAUGAAUCCUCCUCCACACCCUGCUGUCUUCCCUAGGGAGCCCCAUCUAAGUCAGAGGAUGUACCCCAUUUGGAACAGUCCACAAACAAAAGGCAGCCCCUCAUCUGAGCUCAGGAGAGCAGACUCUCUACCACUUUUCAGCUAAAAAGCAAGACUUUUGGUCUCUUCCUCAGAACAGGUCACCUUCCCUUCGGAGUAUUAGUGCUGCAUUUCCUGAGUCUCAUGGUCCCAUGAAUCUCAAUGUCUUGGCCCUCACAUGCUGUUUGGGUUUGGCCCAAGUUCUUUCCUACCCUUGGUUUUUUUCCCCUUUGCUUUUAGAGUAUUCUCUGGGUUUACCUCUUCCUUUCAUUUUUCUUCCUUUUCCUUGUGGCUGCCCUUUGAAUCACAGGAGACACUUUGCAGCUGGAUACUUGUCUUUUCUCCAUAUGGACAUUUCAGAAGGAAGCAAGAAAGGAGGGAAGGAAGAAGAAAGUGGACUUCCCAGGGAUUUCAGUGAUCUGUGUGACCAUGUAAUGGAAGGAAAGUCUUUGGAGGUCACUUAGAAGUAUCCAUGGGGACACGGAACCUCCAUCCACCUGCUGUCUCCUAUCAUGAGACCCAGCCACUGCCUCCACCCUUUUUUCCAGUUCUCUGACCUAUGCAUUUAGGAAACUGCAUAGCACUGAUUCACUAAUGUCACUGUUUUCUCUUUAGUAAGAGAUGCAGGCUCAUACAUGGUACUGUUGUUUAACAUCUGUGUUAAACUCAUUUUUAUCUUUGCAGCCAUUUUUUUAUUUUUAUAAGGAAUGAAUGAGACCACCCCCUGCUCCUCACACAUUGGCUCACCCUCUUGAGCCACCGAGUUUUGAUUCUUGCAAUAUAUGUGCCUUAUUUUAUGUUAAUCUUGUCAAUGAGCGGGACCGGUUGGUGUCACCCAGCCAACAUUUCUAGGCCAUGUGCUCAGUGUCUGGCAAGGGAAGGGAGAUCGUGCAGGAUCGGAGCCAUCUGAGCUGUCUCGUAUCCUGGUUUCCUGUGUUCCUUUGAAGUGAUAGGAGGAUGUUCUUUUCUGACAAGUUGCCCUUGUGUAUCCUGCAAAUGUGUAAGAUAAAAUGCAAGUUCAUUUUUUUUUCACCUUUUUUAGAUUUUUAAAAAAAUAAAAAGUGUAAUCCUUUUUAAAAAGAAACACAUGUAAAUACAUUUAAGUAUUGUAGGCAUAGUGUUCAGAUGUGACCAGUCCGGGCCUUCCUCCGAGAAGCCUGCAGCCCCCGAUGCUGUGCACCCAGCUCCAGCCCGGGGAGCUGCAGCCCAGACACAGGUGAACUUGACCUUGGCUUUCAGAACCACUUAGUCCUUUUGUAACAAAGAAGAAAGAAAAACAAUGUUUCUUACAAUGUCAAUAAAAAUUCUUUGUACUGAAA